GCAGAAAUAGGUCAUGGGCUGAGGACUAUAUUACAGGUGUCACACUGGCGGCCCUCCAGCUGUUGUGAAACUACAAGCCCCAUCAUGCCUCUGCCUUUGGAAGUCAUGCUUGUAACUGUCAAUCUUGCAAUGCCUCAUGGGACUUGUAGUUUCACAACAGCUGGAGGGCCGCCAGUUUGACACCUCUGUUGCGAAACUACAAGCCCCAUCAUGCCUCUGCCUUUGGGAGUCAUGCUUGUAACUGUCAAUCUUGCAAUGCCUCAUGGGACUUGUAGUUGGACAACAGCUGGAGGGCCACCAGUUUGACACCCCUGCU